AUUCUAUACUCUUCGAUAUUUCUCAUCUCUCUCGCUCGCUAUCUCUCUCUCUCUCUCUCUCUCUCUCAAUCUCUCAACUUCAUACUGAGCUUGCUUACAUAAAGAUGGUGUCAGCUGAACUAAAUCAGAAUGGGGAUAAUACUGAGAACAUAUCUGCUGAGCAGCUGCUUUCUAUAGAUUCCUCUGAUGCACAUGGUGUCUUUGGGGAAGCAAAAGUGCUUACCCGUGUUGGUGAUGACUACCAGGCUGAAAUUCCUGCUCUUAUCUCUGGACCUGAGUAUGAUAGCUAUAUGAAGAAGCUGGUUGAUACUGAAAAGAAGGAUCACGAUCCUUUAGAUUUUUGGCUGGGAUUGUCGGUCCCAGUCAAGUGGACCAAAAACAUCAAGGAGAAUAUGACUAUGAGUGAUGUGAAACAAGGAUUUUCUACUCAAUCAAAUAAUGCACCUUCGAUAUUUGGAAGCUUUAGAGAGACAAUUGCUCUAUACCAAGGGUCGUCUUAUUUUUUGGUUCCUGGGGUUUGUGCUGAUUCUUGGAACGAUAUUGAAGAAGCAAGUUUUCUUUUAGGUUUAUAUAUCUUUAAGAAGAAGUUUGUGCAGUUGAAGAGGUUUAUUGGAACUAAAAAGAUGGGGGAUAUAUUGUUAUAUUACUACUCAAAAUUUUAUAAGUCCUCUGAGUAUGAUAGAUGGGCAACAUGCCGCAAAGGGAGAAGUAGAAAGUGUGUAUCUGGCCAGUCAUUAUUUAGUGAUUUGAGGCAACAGGAACUACUAUCUCGUCUGCUUUCCCGGGUGUCAGAGGAAUGCCAGAAAGAGCUAACAAAGGUCACCAAAGCAUAUGAAAAGAAGGAUAUAUCACUAAUCGAAUACGUAUUCUCUAUGAAGUCCAUGGUGGGGGUAGAAACUUUUGUUGAUGUAGUUUCUGUUGGGAAAGGCAUGAGAGAUCUAACAAACAUGGUCAUUGCGCCCGUGCGGAUACCAACCGGGGAAACAUGUUCCUCCCUGACAUGUACUGAGAUUGUCAAUUUUAUAACUGGAGGCUAUCGGUUAAGCAAAGCUCAAUCCAGCGAUUUAUUCUGGGAAGCAGUCUGGCCACGUUUGUUGGCAAGAGGAUGGCAUUCAGAACAGCCAAAGAAACAAGCUUAUGUUCCAGGUGCAAAGGAUACCCUGGUCUUUCUUACUCCUGGUGUUCAGAAGUUCUCAAGAGAAUUAGUGAAAGGAAACCAUUAUUUUGUCUCUGUUACGGAUGUCUUGGACAAAGUUGGUUCUGAGCCAGAGCUUCUCGAGCUCCACACUGAAAAUGAUAAAGGAAAUAAGGAAGAGGAGGAUGGGUGGAUCAAGGAGAUUAAGGAGCAAGAAAAUUUGAAUAAAAGACGUCAAUGUUAUAUGCAGCUUCAAGCUCCAAUUAGUGAUAUGGAUGACAGAAAAGUUACCAUUGUUGAUACAAGCCUUGACAAUAGAAAAUUUCCCAAAUUCAGAGAGUCGAGAACUCUGCCAAUGGAUAUAUCAAAAAUAAAAAUUGUUCGCAGAGACAAUGAUCAGUGUACUUUCAAUGCCUCAACUAAAAAAUUAGAUUGUGCUCAUAACAUGUUAGUGGCUCAAGAGACAAAUUCCACCACUCAUGUUAAGAUUACCUCAGACACGGGAAAGAUUUUUGACAGCAGUUCUGACCGACUAGUUCAGAUCCAUGGUUCAGAUUCCAUUAAACCAGUGAAAAAAGUCGAGAAGCAUAAGAAGUUGUAUGAUGACCAGCAGGCAAGGAAGCCAAUGGAUAUUCGCCUAAGCCAAAAGCAGAAGCGAAACGAUCUUGAUACUUUAACUUCAGUUGGAAAAAGGUAUAGGACUGUAGCUUCUUGUUGUAAUGAAGAGAUAGGUUCGGGCAGGAGUACUAUUCCAUCUGUCGCAGAAAUUGGUGAUCAUGCCAAUGUUUGCUGCUCAAAUAUUCAUGAUCCAAACAACAACAAAGUUUCUCAAUUAGGUUUAUCCAAAGAUAGGAUGGCCACCAGUUCACAAAAAGAAAGCCCUUGUUGGAGCAUCGGAGGUUCUCUAGAUGAUAAUUGUCUUGAUCAAAAAAAUCCUCAAUCCAGCAUGUUAAUUGGCUUGAACUCGCCUCAACAACCUGUAAAAUAUCCACACAGCGUUUUCCUGACAGUUUCGACAAACAUGCAAGAUGAUAUCACGAGCACACAACAAGAUGUCUUCUGUGCACCCAAAACCUCUGCAGACAUCAGUGUUCCUGCUCAGCCUGCUAACUUAAACUCUCGGAGACAGAGUACUAGGAACAGACCUCCAACUGCAAGAGCACUUGAAGCCCUGGUAAAUGGAGAUUUGACAGCAAGUUCAAGGAGAAGGCGGAAGGAAUGAGAUGCGCACAAGACAUUAGGAUCAAGAAAGCCAUGAAGAGGUGGUAGCCCCAGGGUUAAAAACAAAUGAUGUCCAUAGCUGCAGGAUAUGGAACUGGUAAUGUGAUUGAUAGUGGUAAUCAGAUGUGGUUUCUGUCCAGCAAAAAAAAGAAAAAAAUUGGUUUCAACUUUCAUUAUUAGACUUUUUUUUCAGUAUGAAGGAUUUUCUGGAGCUAUGUUCCCAGCUCACAGUAUGAUUUUAUAUCAAAUGCCUACAUGUAUGUACUAGAAAGUCUUAUAAUCAUAUAUUUCUGAAUAUAGUUAGGAGCUUGCAAUGC